UGAAGCGCUGUCAGUCCUGUGGUGCGUGGGAAAGUCAGCACUAUACCUUUGCUCUUAUCCUAGCGACUGGUUUGACAUUUCUUGGGAGUGUGUGAUACUGUCUGGCGUAUGCAAGAACAUUGAUCCGUUGGCUUGAAGGAUAUCUUGCUUGAAAAGGAUCAGAAGACAGCGUUUCUCAACGAUCUUUCUUUGAUGGAAAAGUCUCACACCAUCGUCCUCAUCCAGCGCACUCAGGCGAAGAACAGCCGAACCUUUCUAGAUUAUGAGAGCCUGAGUGGAGCUGUGGACGGCAUAUGCGCCCUGUUUGAGAGAGAUCUUAAGGAGAAGUAUCCCCAUCAGAGAGAGCUGACAUAUGACGUUCAGCAGCUCUUCACAUGGCUGGAUCGCCUGCAUGAUCUGAGCGCGCUAGUGUUUGAUGCCAGGCUCACAGCAUAUCUUCCCUUCAACAAGGCAUGGGUCAAGGAGAAGAUGCUGAAGCAGUUGCAGCGCCAGGCAGGUGUCCGAUAACUGGGGACAAGGCAAUUUCUCUAGUGGGAGAAGAGGAGAAUCUGCUGGGGCGUCAUAAUUGGCUCAUCCGUUGAUCUGAAACGCAAUGUCCUUUGCUGCUUGCUGGAUGUUUUCAAACUUAGGGCUGAGAGGACAAUGGCACAUUGUGAACCGAUGGCAUUGCUCAGCCACCGUGCACCAAUGUCUCAAUCUCAAAUAUCUGCUACAUCAUUGAACGCAGGAUUUAUGUCUCGAUGAGUGUAAGAGCCUUUGUGU